AUGGCACUACCCAUCUCAGAAGAAGAGCCUGAUCUCUCUCAUAUCCACUGGUCUUGGCCAGAAGCCAUCGCCGCCAACCCUACUCAUUCACUCUCCACACCCGAUCUUGCGAUGGACUAUUUUGCUUUCUCUCCAUUUUGGGAUAAAAAUUCUAAUAACAACGUACUACGCACUCAGAGAAGGGUGGAACAUCCGACAUAUGGACAUGCAGAGGAGAAAUACGAAUUACCAGCUUUCACAUCAGGUUUCGAAUAUAUCAUAUCACAUUCCCUUCCUCCUGAAUUGUUCGUGAUCCAUCGACGGGAGGUUGAGAAUGGUAAAAGAGACCGAGUGAGCGCAGUGUAUUUUAUCUUAGAUGGAAAGGUUUAUCCUACUCCUUCUUUAUACAACGUUUUGUCUGUCCGACUUCGAAACGCAACAUCCCUACUCGAAUCAUCUUUCUCAACACUAUCAUCCUUUCAUCCUCCUUCAAACCCUCGUAUAAACCCGCAAUGGCGUUCCCUACCUCCUCCACCUCCCCCCAUCCAGCCUGACGCCCGUACACCUGUAGACCAACCUGACGAACUGUCCGCAAAUACCAAAUCUAAGGAAGAGCCAAAUAAAACCGAUUGGAACCUUUUUCACGCUUUAUCUACCACACAUGCUUCUCUCGAUGAACUGGACGAAAUGGCUCAAAAUCCCAUUUCAACCUCCGAACCCCAUGACUUCCACAACUUGGACGAUAUCAGAAACAGGAGAGAUCUUUCACUCCCCCCUUCUAGUAUUGUGGGAAACACACCAACUCCUGGUGAAACGCCUUAUGGAAUGGAUAUGAGAACACCCACGGUGUUAGCUUCAACAGCUAUAAGUCCCGGUUCCGUCAUGUCGACAGGAUCGUAA